CAUUAUUUUAGGCUGUGGCAAAGGUUUCUUUCAUGACAUCACACGGUUGAGGUGCGGGGAGGGGCGUACAUUGUUGAUUCGAUCGGACGCCCGCUGCGCUGGCUUGCUGCAAGUUUACCCGGUCCAGUGCGAGCUUGGCAGUAGAGGCGAAAUUGGCUCCUCUGCCAAUCUAAUGGAAAAUCGCUCCUUUGAGAAAGUGUCAUCUGCAAUCGUGUUAAACAAAUCAAACAUUCGUCUUAGACGCGACAAUUGCCGUAAACAACAAAUCCUGCUCCUGCUAUUAUGUUGUUUAAACGGAUCAUUGAAGGAAAGUCCAUGUUGAACGCGGAUGCCAAGAACAUUUCGCCGGAGAAAUGUUCUAGAAGGAGGUCGGAAUGUGAUGGAUGUAGUGAACAUUCCACUAUAUUGGAAGAAAUGAUGAAGAUGGUGUUGCUUGGUGUGGUGCUCUGGGCGGGAGUCACCUUCGGGAGUCAUGUGGCUCCUUAUCCUCUAAAUCUUAUUUUAUCUACUGACAUUAGUCAUCCACCACCUAUGUAUGAUUAUCCGUUUCCGAGUGCUGAAAUGUUGAGAAGGUUACCGCCUGUCACAGCGCUACAUACAAACAGGUCAAUAAGGAUCAGCAAGCUAGAAGUAUCCAUGUUGGAAAGGUUGGAAAUAAACCUGCAGUCCGCUGGGAUCACCCCUAAAGCGGGCUCUGCUGCCCUUGGUCUGGCGAUCGACGGUUCGGUCUCCGAAAAUGCCAUGCACUAUGAGAAGUCAUCGAUGACGAUCACCAAAGCGUCUCAGAAUCUAGUCUAUACGAGAUGCCGAAGAUAUGGUUUGCCUAAUGAUGAGUGUGCGAGUUUCAUCAGCACGUUGAAUUUGCGUGAGAGUGAGUUUGGUGGCGAGUGUGCGGCUCUAGAGCGUUUCACUUGUCAUACAAAUAAGAUGUCGUCGAAAUAUCGUACUUUUGAUGGUUCCUGCAACAACCCCGUGCGGUCUUCCUGGGGUCAGGCGCUCACCGGCUACAAACGUCUUCUGCAUCCCAGAUAUGCUGAUGGCAUUGAAGAGCCUCGUCGUGCUUUGAGCCACAAUGCGUUGCCGUCUCCUCGUGCUGUCAGUACUAAGCUUACAAGUAACCUGGACGUGCCAAACGAUGGCAAGACAAUGGCGUUGGCUAUCUGGAGUCAGUUUGUCUACCAUGAUCUGGUCCAUACUCCGGUUCGCAAAACAAUUCAUACGAACCAAGCUAUUCGGUGCUGUGGAAACGAUGGGUUCCCUCUUAGUCCAAGAUACAUACAUCCAAGCUGUAUGCCUAUUUCUGUGCCUCAUGAUGAUCCUUUCUACAAGGACAAGUAUGUCACCUGCAUGGAGUACACACGAUCCGUUACAACUUACAGAGGAGACUGCACUUUUGGAGCUGCUGAGCAGGUAAGAAACUGGUUCAUUUAUUUAUUUGUCUUAAAUUACUCUAAUAUAAAGGUAUUAAUGUCUUAUUUUAUGGCACAGCUCCGUCAGCAAUGGCUUGGUGGUCUUGAUGUAUUGGCUGUGGACAUCCAACGUGGUCGUGACCAUGGUCUACCUGGAUACAUCCAAUACCGCACUCUCUGUGGAUUACCUGCCGUCUCCAGCUUCCAACAACUCAGUGAUGUUAUGCCAGAAGAGACAAUUGAAAAACUGGCAAAACUGUACGAGCAUCCUGGUGACAUCGACCUAGUCAUUGGUCUGAUGGCAGAGUCACCUGUCCCUGGAUCUCUUUUGGGACCGACAGCAAUUUGCAUCAUUAAGGAACAACUUUGGCGCACAAAGGCAGGAGACAGAUACUUCUACAGCCACCAAGAUGAAGCCGGCAAGUUCACUAAGAGACAGCUUGCUGAAAUAAAGCGCUCAUCUCUCGCAAGACUACUUUGUGACAACACAUCUUUCGAUAGAAUUCAGAAGGAUGCCUUCAAACCGGUUUCUGAAAGUAAUCCUAUCGUCCCAUGCGAAGAAAUCAAAAAAGUCAAUCUAGAAGCGUGGCAGGCCUCAACAGAACAACCUGACAUUCUCACUCGCACUAACAAUUGGCUCAAAAACAAAGUCGGCAGCUCGGGAAACUCCACCAAGUAGAUUCUCGCCCUUAGAAUAAGUAUAUUUUAUUUAUCUGCAGUGCAAGUUAGGCCCAUAUAAUUUAGAUUUAGCAUUUUGUUAUAGAUAAUUUAAACCAUCAAGUACUUAAAGAACUGCUUGAUGUUUGAUACAUAGUUGUAGUAAGAAUACCACGAAGUUCUGUCUAUGAAUUUAAACGAGUGCGUAGUAUAGAGAAUGUAUUAAGACUGUUCCAGCUUGCAUUGUAGAAUUUAAGUAUAUUGUAGUCGAGCGUUACAGUAUUUUGUUUAAUUGUGACAGUGUGUUUAUUUGGUUAGUCGUAGGUAGAACCACGUUCCUCGAUACUAAGUGAACUUUAAGUCGUACGGCUUAAGUUAAGUGUGUCGACCAUUCGGAUGUCUUUUGAGAUUUGUAUCUGCAAUGAAGACAGGUUUGGUCGUGUGUCUGUCGUGUGAUUGUACCGUGUCGUACAGUGGCUGUGAUAUGUGGACGUUAAGUCCACUGCAUAGAGGAAGAAGUCUCGAGUCCGAGACGUGAGUUUAUGAUUCUUGUGAUCCAUAUGUUAAAAGAUCCGAGAAUUGUUCCUGAUAACAAAAAUGGAACUUUAACAUCUGAAACAGAAUUUGAGCACGAUUGUUUCGUGAUAGUUUAAAGUACUUAGAUUUUAAAACAAGCCAGGGUAAUUUCUAUAGAAGUUUGAACAGCCUUGGGAGGAGGGGAGAUACCUAAGUGAUUCUCACUUAGGUAUCAGUUUGCCCUGGCGCAGAGUCAUGGAUUGUAUUGUAACAGUUAAAAUCAACACCCAGGUUAUCUAUAGCUUCUUACAAACAUCUUUCAACUUCUCGAUACGGUUAACAAGGACUCGUGAGAGUGAAAAUAGUUUGUCAUUUGACUGACGCACGAUGCGAUCCAAAUAAGGAUUUUUUGGCUCUUGGUGACAUAACGAGGCUAACCAGUUUUCACUGAAAUUUAUGAUGGCUUGAGUAACAUGGUCAUUAUUUUGAUCGUUAUCGUCCGUCGUGAGUUGUGGUGCAUCCAAGUGCGGUCUUUUUAGAUGUUCGCACUCAUAUUCUUCCAUAUUGGUCCCAGUAUUUAUUGCAUCUCAGUUUCAGCUCCUAACUUGUUUCCUGUUGUUAUCUCGUCUUGUUUUCGAGCUUAUUCUUUACUCUUAUGAAUUACUUAUUUGAUAGUUUUAAGGUUCAAAUUAUUUCUCUUUUUUGUUCACAACGAAAUUUUGGAGUGAUGGCGAAAUUAAUGCCAAAGACUGGAAUAUAACUGAUAGCGGCUAGUUAUCUUAUUGUUACUCUCUUAUUGUUUGAUAUUUUUUCAAAAGUUAUUUUUAUGUAUUGUUUAGGUAUUGAACUUUUAAAAAGAAUAUGUCAAUUAAACUUAUGUUAAUUUGGUCAUUAAUAUUAACACUCCUGCUCUCGAAAACAUGCAAUUUAGAAUAUUUUUUCGUUUAUUACGCUACAUUAAUGUAAUUAAAAUCAUCGUUCAAAUUAAGUGUACUUAUGAAAUGAUUGCACAAUAUUUCAUUUAAAUAGUAAUAAUUGGGUUUGGAUAAAGACAAUUAAUUAU